AUGACGAUAAGUUUCGACAUUUUCGAAGGGAGAGAAAUUUUCUCUUUACGUUUCCAGGAGGAAUCUAGAAGUUCAACUACCAGCGAACGCGAUUCUUGCUCGUUCUCGGAGCUCGACUUGUUAAAUCCAAGACGUUCCUGUCAAAAAUCACGACAUCAGCACCGCGACAUAAAAAGAACCGAGGACAGUUCGUCGAAAUCAUUCGGGGCGUCUAGAAGGAACUCUGAUUGCUGUCGUUGCUUCGCAAGUUGUGAUCGCGUCCAAACAAAAUUACCGGUUCGGUGAUUCUGGUCAUCCCCAAGGCCCGAAAACGCGGUCACGCUCGCUCGACCCGCUGCCCUCUUGAUCCCAUGUAUUUGUUCCUAUUCGCGUUGUUCCUCUUCGCCUGCGAGAAAUCAGUCGCACCGGCCGCCUCAACUACCGAGCCACCCUUCACAGCCGCUCAGUCGGAACAAGCGGUUACGCGCCAACGGAGUCCUCGGUCCUCGCGUCAUCAGAGGUCGGAUCUGCUCGAUACUCCGCAACACCGACUCCCUGUAUAUCCGAUCGACCGAAGAAAAGCUACUUUCAGAAAACGUCGACGCUUAUCAAAGCGGCAAACACCGGUGCACGUUUAUCAGGAACAGGCUCGUUCGUUGUCAGAGGAUCGUCGUGUCGGCUCUAAAGAGGUGCAACUACCGGAACGGAGAUCCGAUCUGGCUAGAUACACCGCCGAGUCCGCGAAGAAUUUGAUUAGAUCAGGAGGUGACUCCUCCACUCGACAGGACGACGACUCGGAUGACCCUGAUCGAGAUAGAAGAUCGAACAACCAGUGGAGACACGACAGAAUCUUCGAGGAACGAUGCCGUCCCUCUGAUAAUUCUGUUUCGAAACUAAUGGCUCGUUCCAGUCCAGGAAGAGACGGUGAUUGCAAGCAACGGAGGAACAAAGCCUGCCCGAACUUAACCUAUUUAAUGCGUACGAGGUCAAGGGAACGAGGCGACGUUCAUCGUGCAUUUGUCAGUUUGAACGACGGUGGCAACGCGAAGCGAGUGUUUCCGUUCCAGACAACGCCAAGCGGCAAUCUGAAGAUCAUUCCCAAUCAGGUGGUGUUCGAAUCGAAGAAGGUCAGUGUGCUGGUUGCUGAUCCCAGGCACGCGAAGGUUAACGUCAAGGCCGAACUGAAUAGAACCGGAAACGAGCUCGGUGAACGGGCAUCCGAGUCCGCGACGCGACCAGGGCUCAUCGAUCUUCCGCUGGGUGUAUCGUCAUCGACAAUCGAUCAGUUGCAUAAUCAGAAAAAUUUGCCAUCUACGAAGGACGAUUACAAGCCAACGUUAUAUCCAUUUAAAGGGAAGUUCAGCCAAGUGGAGACGAUGGAGCACAAGCAACAGUCAACGUCGUCAGCCACUCAGGAAAUAGCAGUGUUACAGGAGGUGCCACUUUCCACAAAAGCGUACACACUCGACAAACCGUUUGAUCGCCGUGUAAUCUGCGACAGACUUGGAUUUACGAGCGAACAGCCGAUCGAUUGGGACAACAUUAUUCUGCCGGAGAAGACUGACCUGUAUCAGGAGUUGGCCAGGCGUAUCACAAAUUACAAGAACGCCGACUGUAUCGUGCGAAUCGAUCACGACGAGUUCUAUUGCCAUCUGCUGGUGCUACAGAGCUACAGCAGCUUUUUCGACGAGAAGAAUUGCAAGGAGAUCGAUCUGACCGAGAGUGACGUGUCUUCGAAAGCGUUUUCGCUCAUCUACGACUGGAUGAUCAGUCCGCAGAACGAGAGCUACAGGCUUCUGCAAAGGGACAACAUUUUGGAGAUCUUUACCGCAGCGCAAUAUCUCGGAAUUAAAGAGCUAGAAGAACAAUGUUGGGCUUUCAUAGACAACGAUGAAUUGUUCACCGAAGACACGGCGUUCUUACUGUAUCUGGAAGCGAAGAAAGUUGGGAACACCGCGGUCAUGGAACUGAUGGUGCCGAGAAUUAUGAAAUUUUUCUUGAUGCUGGUCAGCACGAAAGAUUUCCUCCAAUUAUCCAUGGACGAACUGUGCCUUUUAUUGAAGUCAAAUUACAUUUGCGUCAAUAGCGAAAUGGAGGUUCUUAUGUCCGCUGUACGAUGGCUGAUGCACGAUUGGACCAACAGAAAGCAACACAUGUUGGAAGUUUUGAAAUGCGUUCGAUUUGGAUUGAUCGCACCGUGGCAGUUGGUAGAUGUGAAGAGAAAUCCAGAAAACCCCGAAUUCAUGGAACUGAUGUCUUCUCCCGAGGUGCAGAAGAUGGUCGACGAUGGUCUAGCUUUCGUCAUUAUAAAAUAUUGGUACGGUAACCAAACAGAAGACUACUAUCACUGGAUCGACUUACUGGGGCUUACGGAGCCAACUAAUCGAAAUUGGGCUGGGGAAGACAAGAAUUACGUAACGUAUCGAGAAUUUUUGCUCUAUCUCGAGGAAUAUCAGAGAACGAAAAUUUCGGAGCUGAAGAUCCGGAAAAGUCGUGCGAAACCCACAACUAUCUGUUCACCUCGUAACGACUACGCAUUUAUAGCUUCUAAGCCGAACAACUAUAUUCAAAGUUCAGGCGACACCGCCGUUAUCCACAAUGGGCCAGCAAUGCAUUCGAGGCAAUCAAAACCAGUACCGUCAAAUUAUUUGCCGCUACAGAUGCCAGAGGGUAUGACGAUGCCUCCGAAAUUUAUGAACGAGUAUCUGAGCAACUUGGAAAGAAGCAAAGGGAACGACGAAAGGAAUGUCGCGAGAUUCACGGGUGGCGGAGAAUCGCCGAAAGUCUCAUACAGAUCGUCUGCAGUGCAGAAGUACACGCAGGAGCACCGUGAACGCGGCACGAAUUCACCGGACAUCGAUAAAUUGGAUUACGAGAGCCGGCAGGAAAAGAACGCGACGGAUGUUUGCCGGUGCCAGCAGCAACGCGAGUCGAAUUUCAUAUUUUCCACGAGGAAGCAGCAGACGAUAUCUAACAUACCGAGGGAACCGGAAGAGCGUGCAGACUCCUGCAAAUCCGAGGAAGAAGCCGCCACAACGAUACAGGCCGUUUAUAGGGGAUACAAGACUCGGCGGAGACUCGACGAAAUAAAGAAAUCAACAUCGGGAGAGAAUCGCAAUAUCAAGAAGGUAGCGGAACUUUUGGCCAUCCCAAUGGACGAAACGCUUCGGAAUUCCUCGAUAGAGCCUAUCAAAGUAUCAAGCAGCUCAGUGAGCCAAAUGAGAAACGAGAAGGACGAAACAAUACGCACGUUAAGAUGCUCUCCUAGAAAUAGGAAUAGGGAACAAUCGAUCCUUCGAACACAAAACCAACGUUGCGUCGAUGAUCGGGUGAAUCAAUUCGAGACACGUGCUUCUUGUUACACAACAGGGGAACAACAACGAAGGCAACAAGUUUCACAAAAUUUAACCAGCCAACGAGACCCAUUGAAAUCUAUCAAGACUAUAAAGUCACCCAUGUUUUUUUCAAAUUACGACGAGAAAACCAGUUCGCCAUCAGAUACAGAUACAGACGAUCCUAUCCCUCCGCGAACCGAUGCAAAAUCGACGACGAUAAAUCUCGCUGACGUUGUGAUCAAUGAGAAAAACAACGAGAAGGAUUAUCCGAGAAGUGAUAAUAUUCAGCGAGUAAAACCUGCCACUAGGAAUGUUCAGAUUCGAUCUGCGAAUUACAAACGAGCACUUCCGCAAAGGAUCAGCAAUAGCAUAAUAGCCACCGACGAAGACGGCUAUUUUUUCGACAACUCUCUGUUCUUUCCUGACAGAGAAUCGAUCCUCGUGUUCGGUGGAGUCGAUCCACACGAGGAAUACGGCCGUCCCGGGAACACCGGCAAAGACAUAUACAGAUUCAAACCCGACGAGAAUAUUUGGGAAUUCGUGGGUGAAAUUCCACGGGCGAGACAUCAUCAUUCGGUCGCCUACUUAAAAGGCCGUAUUUAUGUAGUGGGUGGAGCCGAUCCCGUGGAAGACAAACUCCACAGGAAAAGCAUUGCGGUUGCAAGCGUAUGGAGUUACGAUCCAACUACCAGGACUUGGUUCAAUGAACCUGGCAUGCUGACAGCUAGAAAGGACUUCGGAUUGGUGGUCAGCCACGGGAAAAUGUACGCGAUAGGAGGGCAAGGCAGGAACGGGAUAGCUUUGAAAACAAUGGAGGCUUUCGACCCAGCGGAUUCCACGUGGAGGGAAGUGCAAUCGAUGCAGACUGCGAGGAUCGGACCUGCCAGCGCGAAAUAUCGAGAUCUUAUCUGGGUCGCUGGCGGGAUGACAAAAUCGAAAAAAGAGCUAUUCUCAAAGGACGUCGAAUGCUACGACCCGAUCAAAAAUUUGUUAGCUCGAUUCUCAUCCCUUAGAGUUCCUUCAUGCGUUCCCUAUUUCCCAUUACCUCGAUGGCUGAAAGCGAUACCUUUGAGGUCACCAAGGUGCUUUGCCUCUUUCUACGUGGUGUCCGACUGUCUUUACAUAAUCGGCGGAGCAUCCACUAUGGAAAACGUCACUCAGAGCAUCGACAGCAUCGACGUGUGGGAUGUAAACGAUUGCGUUUGGAAGAAACAUGCGAACAUGUCGAUCGCAAGACACGGACACUCUACAGGCUCGAUAGGUGAUCAAUUGUUGAUAAUUGGAGGAGUAACCACGAUGCUCAUGAAAACUUUGAACAACGUUGAAUGUUACUGUUGCGACAUGAGGAAAUGGAUGAAGGGGGUAUCCGGGCUACCACAUCCGGUUUCCGGUCACGGAACCGUGUCUUUACCGCCAGCAAAUCUUUUGAUAAAUCGCUGAUAACUGUGAAAUAAAACGCAUCGAGUUUCUUUAAAUGCUGCGUUUGAU